AUGGAUGUAGAUGAUGUGCUCAGUAAUCUGUGUGUUGUUGGUGUGCCAACAAAGAGCGCAAUUUACAUAUGGGGUUAUAACCACAGUGGCCAGACUGCCCGAAAGGGCAAGGAGUGCCACUUGAGGAUCCCCAAGAGCCUCCCUCCCAAACUAUUCAAAUUGGGGAAUGGGAAGAGCCUCAGGUGGACCGAUAUUGCCUGUGGCCGUGAGCACACUGCUGCAGUUGCUUCUGAUGGAUCACUGUUCACAUGGGGUGCUAAUGAGUUUGGCCAGUUGGGAGAUGGGACAGAGGAGAGCGCAAAGGAACCCAAGAAGGUCAAAUCAUUGGAGACUGAGUUUGUAAAAUCAGUAUCCUGUGGAGCACAUUGUACAGCUGCUGUUGCUGAGCCUCGAGAAAACGAUGGCACGGUAUCCAAAAGCAGGCUUUGGGUUUGGGGACAAAAUCAGGGUUCUGAUUACCCUCGUCUAUUUUGGGGAGCUUUCACACCAAACACGGUGAUUAAGCAGGUUUCUUGUGGAUCUGUUCAUGUCAUGGCUCUAUCCGAGGAUGGUCUACUGCAAGCAUGGGGCUACAAUGAGUACGGUCAGCUUGGCAGAGGUCUUACUUCUCAAGGACUUCAGGGAGCUCGUGUGUUAAAUGCUUAUGCAAGGUUCCUUGAUGACGCCCCCGAGCAAGUGAAGAUUGUUAGUGUGUCAUGUGGCGAGUACCAUACAGCAGCUAUAUCAGAAAACGGGGAGGUGUAUACUUGGGGACUGGGAAGCAUGGGGCAGCUUGGGCAUUGCUCCCUCCAAUCUGGAGAUAACGAGCUGAUCCCUAGGCGGGUUGUUGCCCUUGAUGGAAUAGUAGUUGGAGAUGUGUCUUGUGGAGGGGUCCACUCUUGUGCUGUAACUGAAGGUGGAGCUCUAUAUGCUUGGGGCAGAGGACAUGUGGGUCAGCUGGGAGUUGGGCCUCAGGGUGGCUUCUUUUCUUGCUCCCUUAAUGGAUCUGACAUGCUGCUUCGAAACAUCCCAGUCAUGGUGAUACCCUCAGGUGUUCGUCUUGCUACCUGUGGGCACUCUCACACACUUGUAUCUAUGAAAGAUGGCCGCAUAUAUGGGUGGGGCUAUAAUAGUUAUGGUCAGGCAGCAAAUGAGAAAUCUACUUAUGCUUGGUUCCCCUCUCCAGUUGAUUGGUGUGUUGGUGAAGUGAGAAGACUAGCUGCUGGAGGUGGCCAUUCUGCUGUUCUGACUGAUGCAUGUUCAUUAAAAGAGCUGUGUGAGUUCAAGCUUGCAGAGACUGUGAACCUUUCAAAUGCUGAACUGAUAGAAGAUGUCGCAUCACGGACUGGUGCUGAUGCCUUGGCACGCUUGUGUGGGAAAGUAAGGGAACAUUUGGAUAAGGAAGGAGAGUGUGAAUUGCUGGAAAAGCAAGUGGCUGAAGAGGUCAAGACUACAGCAAGUUAG